AUGGCAUUAUCAAAUAAGAAUGCUGAUAAUACUGACGAGUUAUCGCCAAGAACUCCAAAAAAAAAUUCACAACUUUGUAAUGGAAUAUCAACAAGUGGUAAACAUUGUAAACGUCUUGUUGCAAAUGGAGAGUAUUGUGGUUAUCAUAAAACAAACAGCAUUUUAGAAGAUAUUGGAAUAAAACAUAACUAUACAAUGCUCAAAAAAACCAACUUACUUGUUGAGUUGUCGUCAUCUGAAAGGAUAACAAGUGACAGUUUAUCAAACAAUUCAUUAGUUGACUGUGAAAAUAAAGAUGUUGCUAGUUCAUUAAAAAUUGGUUUAAAGACGUCAACAAUUCAGUCAAUAGAUAAUCCUAGUAGUGAUAAUAAUGGCAAUUAUAAAGAUAAAAAUAAAAAUAGUGAUAAUAGUAAUAAUAUCAAAAAGAAUAAAGAAAGUAAUAAAGAUCGCAUUAAUAAAAAAAUCCUGGAUAAAUGUGAUUUAAUAGGAGAUUCAGUGGAUUCUAUUGACGACGAUUAUAUAUUUGCGCCAAUCGAAAGUCCACCAAAUGAUAUUUCAGAAAGUCCAAUAGUUUUGGGUGAUGAUAACAAAAAAUUAGAAAAAAAGAAAGACAAAUACGAUGAAGUUGAUUGGUUUAAAACAUCAUCUCUUAAUAAUACCAAAUAUUACAAUAGCUCAUUUUAUAAGUCAUUAAAAUCUGCUGUUACGCUUGAAGAAAAUCACAUUGAUUCUAUUGUGGAUAAAUUUAAUACUCUCUACAUUGAUGAAAAAAAUAAUUUGAAUUAUAAUGUUAUUGACAAAGAAUUUGCUGAAUCGAUUUCACCGUAUGAUUUAACACCAAAAAAAAAUGGUAUAUUAGAGACUAAAACCUUUACUUCAUACAAAAAGACACCUUCAUCACACGAAAAACCAAAAAGAUCGACACUUGUUGAUGAUAAUUUUGACGAUGCUAAAUCACCUAGUACAUACGUCACACCUACUAGGUUUACAUCCCUAUUCGUUAAUUUUGAUCAGAUUGAAGAUGAUUUAUUAUCCAGCUGUUCUCCUUCAAAAUCACCAAAAAACUUUCAAUGUAAUGGUUACACUCAAAAUGGUAAAAAAUGCAAAAAUAAAAUCAAAGCUUCACAAUACUAUUGUUAUAACCAUAAACCCGAAAAAAGUAAAAUAGAUUUAGAAAAUUUAUUUAUACCAACCAAUGAUACAAACGGUAUUUGGAUUAGAACUGAUGUAUCAUCACACUCUACUCAAAAUUGUAUAUAUUAUAAAGUUGGUCGAACUAAGAAUAUAAUUAGACGAAUGAAUGAAUGGAAAAAUCAGUGCAAGUACAAACUUCAACUUAUAGAUUGGUUUCCAAGUACUGGUGGUUUGUUAAUAUCACAAAAAACAGAAAACGCAGAUGAAAUCAAUGGCAAUAACGAGCACAAAGAUUUAGAAAGACAAAAAAUUAUGAAAUCAUGUAAAUUUACACAUCGUGCUGAACGAUUGAUUCAUCUAGAGUUAUCAGAGAAAUUUAAAGCUGAGUCAUCAAAAUGUUUAUUUUGUGAGAAAAUUCAUCGUGAAAUAUUUAAAAUUGAUAUCACAUCUGUAGUAGAAACAACAGAAACAAAAGUAAAAACAGCGGAAACAGCCUUAAUUAAAGAUGAUAAAGAAUUACCAGGCCUUGAAGAAAUUCGUAAUGUUAUUAUCAAGUGGGUAAAAUAUAUUGAAGAAGUUUAUGGACCCGAUUAA